AUGGACAUUUGCUCCGGCACUAAUUUGUCAGUUGUAGAUAUUGCUAACGAUCUUCAUGAUCUUCAAAAUAAUCCACUCGAAUCCACUCAUGGAGUCCUUAAACCUCUUUAUGUGGAUGAACUCGACAUUAAUGUUACCGAGUUUUUCAACAUUCAAGAUGACACGAAUGAGGAUUUAAACUCCUCAUCACCCUAUGAACCUAAAGACACAACAACUCAAGCUCCUGAUAAAUGUCUCAGCAAAUCUACAACAUUUCCUUGUCUAGAUUCCAUCACGAGUGUUGUAAAACUUGCCAAAUUGACCGAUUAA